CCCAAUCUUCCUCUCCUCCAUUCAACCAACUACCGACGCCAUUGCUAUCUGUUACAUACUCCUUAGCAGCCACUUUGAACUUCAAGACAUCAGUCUCAGUAGAGAGAGGGGGAGAGAGAGUCUUAAGAGAAAAUGGUGGGUCCGGGCCGUCCCCAGUUCGUGCUGUUCGGAUCAUCCAUGGAUCUGAUGGGGUACAAUCUUGGAAGCUGGGCCGGUACUCUUGCAGAUCUCUACAUCCGCAAGGCCGAUGUAUUGCUGCGAGAGUACCCUGGUUGGAACACAAGGAUGGCUCUUCAAGUGUUGGAUCAGGUUUUUCCCAAGGAUGCAGCUGUUCAGCCUUCGUUGGUAAUCGUAUAUUUUUGCAGUAAUGACGCAACAAACUCGCAUCCAAGUGGCCCGGGAGUUCAUGUGCCCCUCACUGAAUAUGUUGAAAACAUGAAAAAGAUAAUACUUCAUCUCAAGAGCCUGGGGGACGUGACACGGAUAAUAUGUCUUAGUUCUCCUCCUGUGAAUGAGGCUAAAGAAGCGGAGUUAUACAGGAAACCUGUUGAUGGUCAAAGCCAAAGCCAAAGCCGGACAAAUGAAGGUUGCCGUGCGUAUGCUGAAGCCUUAAUAGAGCUGUGUGGAGUAAUGGACGUUGAGGCCAUCAAUCUUUGGAGUGCGGUCGGGAAAAGGGAUGAUUGGGCUAAUGCGUGCCUUGUCGAUGGGAUCCAUUUGUCGGAGCAAGGGUCCAAGGUUGUGGUGGAGGAGAUACUCAAGGUCCUGAAGAAGAAGGAUGAAGAGGUCCAGUGGGAACCAAGUCUCUACUGGCUGUCUAUGCCAAAUGAGUUUUCCGAGGGUUCUUCCUUCUUUGUUGUGGCUCCCGGUGGAGAAACCGUGAAUCCUGGGCUACACCCUUCUUCCUGGCAGUUGGAGUGGAUGAAUACCUAACACACCACGAGGGUGAGGAUUUGGGUGGAGUGAUCGGGUUCUGGGAAUGCAUUUAACCGACUAUAUACACAUUAAUAACCAGAAGGAGAGGCUUUGUUUUCAUGAACUCCAGUGCACUGGCAACAAAUUACUUUCAGCUUAUGCUGCUUCAGAAGCAGUGAGAAAGCUUUGCUAAAGCCAUCUGGAAAAGUGACUAUGUUCCUGCAUGGGUGUGUAUUGUUGGUGGAUCAUGAAAUGUUUGUUGUAUUUUAUCUAUUAUAUAAAAUAAUAGGGUAUGGUUUUA